GAAAGCGCCACCCCAUGACAACAAGCAAGAGAACUUGGCUUGGCCAGCGGCUUUCUCGCACGCACACGAGCUCGGAGAAGCAGUGGGAAGUGAUAAACAUAAUAUGAUAUGAAAUCUCAUUCUCCAUUAGUUUCCUAUAUGUUGAGGAUGAAGGCGGUUAUCCUGUUGGAAUAUGUGGUCUUUCUGCUGUUGUCAUGGUCGUACAGUGUUUUGGGAGCUGUGGAGCCUCCUGCGCAUGUGACGGUGGAGGCGCUGAACACACACUACGUGCUGGUGUGGGACUGGAGUGGAGAACGUGCUGGAAACCAGAAUGUGACCUUUACUGCUGAGUGGCUAGCUAAGUACAAGCUGAGGCGUCGGCAUCAGGAUUGGGAGUCGGUGUGUGUGAACGUGUCGGAGACGCGGUGUGACUUCACCAAAGCUGAGCUCAACUACCUGGGCAUGUUUGUGCUGCGCGUCCGAGCCAACGUGCACACACACACACAAACGCUCCACUCCGCCUGGGUCGACCGAACCUUCUGCCCUGACAGUGAGGCUGCUCUAGGUCCGCCAUCUCUUGUUGAAAUGUCUGCUCAGGGGCGGGGCUUACUGGAGGUCAAGAUAUCUGACCCUGUGACCCAUAACAACAAGUCCAUGAAGGUCCAUGUCCCUGAACUGUACUACCGCAUCCAGUACUGGAAACUAGGCACAUACUCUCAGCGCCCCCCACAGGUGGUGGACAGCGUUGCGUCGCUGGUGACUCUGUCUGAGCUGGAGGAGUGGACUGACUUCUGCGUCCGCGUUCAGAGCCGCUACAACUUCUACAACAAAACCUCCGCCUUCACCUCGCCCCAGUGUAUACGCACACAAGGUCAGACUCCCUACUGGCAUGUGGCGCUGUUGUUCCUGCUCUCUCUAAGUGGGGUGUUUAUUGCGGUGAUGCUGUUUGCUGGCGGCUUCCGUUAUUUCUUUGGGAAAUUGAAGUCGAUCUGUUUCCCUAGCAACCAGCUGCCCAUUCACAUACAGGAGUAUCUGAAGGACACAUCGUCUGACAGGCCCCGCCUCCUCUCCCCGGAGUCGGAGUCGGAGCUUGUGAUUGGCCGACUGGACGUGUGCCCUGAGGUGGUGGUCGUCCCGGCGACCGAGGAGACAGAGGAGGCGUGGCCAGAGCCGGAGGGCGUGCACCUUGAUCGCCAUGGCAGCGGAGACUCAGGCGUCUACUCGGCUGAGGAGGCGUCGGGAGGGGGAGUGGCCUCUCAGGAGGAGGAGGAGCUUAGGAGAGGAGAGAGAGAGUGGGAGAAGGAGGAGAGGAAGAGAGGAGAGAGAGAGUGGGAGAAGGAGGAGAGGAAGAGAGGAGAGAGAGAGUGGGAGAAGGAGGAGAGGAAGAGAGGAGAGACAGAGGAGGAUGAAGGAGUCAGAGACGUGUGUGUCUGAGAAAAGGAGGGAUGAACUGAAAACAGAUGAAGGAGUGAACAACAGAAAGAUGAACUGGAAACAGAUGAAAGAGUGAACAAUGAAGGGAUGAACUGGAAACAGAUGAAGGAGUGGGAGGAUGAGCUGGGAACAGAUGAAGUAGUGGGAACAUGAGCCCUUUACAGAAAUAUAUUUUUUUACUUUUCCUUUGUUCUUGAGUUUGUGUCUGUCAUGCUCUGCCCCUCCCGACACACACACACACACACACCUGGUCCAUCCUCUCUGGUAAAGAAAGGAUACACACACACACACACACACACACACACACACAUACACACACACACACAUACACAUACACAUACACACACACACACACACCUGGUCCAUCCUCUCUGGUAAAGAAAGGCUGCAGACACACACACACACACACACACACACACACACACACCUGGUCCAUCCUCUCUGGUAAAGAAAGGAUGCAGACACACACACACACACACACACACACACACACAGAUACACACACCCACACCUGGUCCAUCCUCUGUGGUAAAGAAAGGAUGCAGACACACACACCCACACUCUCUCUCUGUCACACAGAUACACACAGAUACACACACCUGGUCCAUCCUCUCUUGUAGAGAAAGGAUGCAGACACACACACACUCCCCCUCUCUCUCUCUCUCUCUCUCUCUCUCUCUCUCUCUCUCUCUCUCUCUCUCUCUCUCUCUCUCUCUCUCUCUCACACACACACACAGAUACACAGAUACACACACACACACACACACACCUUCCCUGGUCCAUCAUCUCUGUUAAAGAAAGGCUACACGUGUGUGAGAGUGAGAGAGAGAGAUCCUCUCAGUUAGGACUUGAGCCUGUCCAAUCACGUGUCUUGCUUGUGUUCUGAGCCUCUGUCUGUCCAAUCACAUGUCUUGCUUGUGUGCUGAGCACAUAUUCAGUGUGUGUGUUUUAUCUCAGCUGAGCUCAUCCACCUGGUUGCUGGUUGCCUGUCUGAGUAAUGGCCAGUAUAAUGGGUUACCUGGUUAGCGUAAUGUAAAUAAAAUAUCUGUGUGUGUGUGUGUGUACGCGUGCAUCUGUGUGCGUGAGUGUGUGUGUGACAGCGUUUCAACAUGCCUCAUAUUGAGGCUGCAAUUGUCCCUUUAUAAUUCUUAUAGAAUCUGGACUCGGAGGCACUUUUUGAUCACCAAGACCCCCCACACACACACACACACACACACCUCCCUCUCUCUUUCUCUCUCCAUCUUUCCUCACAUCUCUCUCUUUCCUUUAUUGUCUGAGCUGCCACUCACACCUGUCAUGCCAAUCAUUUCCUGUGCGUGUGUGUGUGUGCGUGCGUGCGUGCGUGUGUGUGUGUGUGUGUGUGUGUGCGUGCGUGCGUGCGUGCGCGUGUGUGUGUGUGUGUGUGCGUGCGUGCGUGCGCGUGUGUGCGCGCGUGUGUGUGUGCGCGUGUGUGUGUGUGUGUGUGUGUGUGUGUGUGCUCUAAAGAGAGUCUAACUGUAUUGUAAUGCAGCCGUGCGUCACUAUGCCCCCAUAUUCUCACACAUGCCACAAAUGCCUCUGACAACCGCACUUACCCUACCCUGCUGCUUAUGGAGACAUGCAAAUAAAGACCUUUUUAUACCACCA